AUGCGACACUUGAACAUUAUGUUGACAAUUUUGGUCGUCUGCCUAUGUUCUUUUUUGAGCAUGGCAGAUGGCUCAAGUUCGAGUAUAAGCGUGAACGUUCUCACUCUUACAUCGUAUACGACCGUCUCACCCGCUCCUAUUGUCGUAACAUCCUCAGAAUUUGUGACGCCAGCUGACCAGAUUCCUGUCACCUUGACUUCUGCACUGAUCGUUGUUUAUACAGUCUAUCCAGAAAAUGAGUCUCCAGUGAGAGAAAGUGCGACUCAAUUUGAAUACCCUACAUACCUUCCAGCGGUUGCUGCAACUCUUGUAACAUUAUCAACCAGCACUACAAGUCUUCCUAUCCCACAGACAACUGAUGACUCGAACACCGUUAAGACUGGUAGCUCAAGCACUGUCGAAACUAGUAGCUCGAGCGAUGUUGACAAAAGUACUGGGCCAACAAAAUCUUUCACUCGGUCGGCGACUUCGACAAGUAAGCCAAUUACUACACCGACCUCUUCUAAAACAUCAUCGUCGUCAAUAGCAACUGGCACAUUGGUAUCAACUCCGCCAAACGAUAAUGCCCGUAAGUCGAUUCCAAAUGUGGCGAUUUUAGUGCCUGCCAUCGUCGGCGCCAUCCUCGCUAUGGCUGCGCUCGGUUUACUUCUAUGGUGCUUACACCGAAGGAAUUUGAAGAAGAGAGGCAAUAACGCGUCGAGCUCCACGAUAUUGAGACAUAGAAGCGUUUAUGAUGGAUAUAACCAUUGCUUAAACACAGGAAAUAGAGUUUCACGCCAAGCAGGAAAAUCACGAGAGGAUCGUUUAAGUGUCUUAGAUACCCUUGGAUUGACUGAUAAAAAGUUGUGGCCAUCUUGGCCUUUCGGUGACAAGAUGACCUUGGGAACUGGUGCUAUCAAACAAGCAAUGAUGGGAGCUGCAGUACCAGUUUCUUCAAGACCUCCACGACCGGUAAGAUCUUAUGAGCAUGAGUUGCAGUUUGUCACCAGUCCUCGGCCAGCCGAACUUCCAGGCGAUCCUACAUUAUCCGAAAAUAAAAUUUCGACGGAACACCAACCACAAACUGAGGAUGGUACAUCCAUGGCUCCGCCAAUCCCACCGAAGUCUCCAGAUAGGGACCUCAAGCUGUAUGGAAGAAAUGCCACUGGACAUGCUUCACCUGGGUCGGAACCUGAAAAUGUUAAGAAGAGCAUCGAUAAUUCAUCAUUGCCACGAUGGUCAAAUUUUGACGGUCAUCUGUCAAACCAAAGUGCUGAACUUCACGGAGCAGUCGCAUCCCCUUCUACGCCAACUACAGCAUGGCCACAUGGCAGCAAUCCACCAGUUACCGCACCCGCACUCCCCCAGAUUCAGAACAACUCGGUUACAACACCAGCAAAGGCAUGGGUCGAACCACCAUCGCGAUUCUCUACUCCCUCGAAUAACUCUACUUCGCCCAAUGCAACUUCAAGUGGCAGCGCCGACACCAGUCCAAAGCAGUGGGUUGAGCCAAUUUCAAAUCCCGCCACUGGAACUAGAAAUCGUGCGUAUAAUGCCAUCCCACCUUCCCCGACAGAAGCAGAUACUCUGCGUACUGUCGCAGAACGCGACAACACCUUGGCAAUGCUCGAGGGUCGUCAAAAGGCUCACGUAACUGCAAGCAUCUCCGGUAUCUUUGAUGGAAACGAACAGUUGAGACUCUAUAACGAAUCCGUGAAGAGAGCUAGAAGAAGAAGCUUGGAAAGAAGGGCAGAGCUCCAAGCGAGAUUUCCGUUUACCAGAGCACCCGUACCAGGCACGGUUACAGAUACUACCCAUGACGUGUCGUACACUCCAACAGAUGCCGGAACUUCAAUCCAACGUGUUGACAAAGACAAUGGUUUUGGGGGAUGGAUGUAA